GACAGUUGUGUGUCAGACAGCAGUGAUGGCUGAACACAACUAUUUUGCCUUUAUCGACGUUACUGUCAUUAGCACUGUUCACUUUGUUAUGUAGCCAGACCAGAUUACGAUAGUUUAGCUUAAAGAGGGCAGCUCGUGUGGCGUCAUCUUCUUUUUUAAAACCUUUUUUAACCGCGUCUCGCUGCGGCUCCGUUCAUGGGACUUUACCAAACUAAUGUCUGAAGACCUGGAGCUUGAGGACCAGAGGGACGCCAUGACUACUGUUGUGCGUCCUUUCCCACUCGAAUGACUGACUGGUUGUGUCGCCAUGUGGGGCCGAGAGACAUCCCGGCCGCUGACAGUGACGGUCCUGGCCGCGCUGUGUGUCAGUGUGGGUCGGUGCGGUGCCUCCCAGUCUCCGGGGCCAGGAUGUGACAAUGGAAAGCUCUCAUUGGACAGGGACCUGCCUGCAGCCUCUCUUCAUUGGGACUGUCCAGUGUCUACGUGGACAGAGCCUAUUCAGAGGCAUCCCAGUAUUGACACAGUGUAUGAUCCUGAGCCAGCCAGGAUGAUGUGUAUGAACACACCCAUCUGCUACAAUCACACCAUUCCCAACAGUGGAGCGUACAGACCAGUCAGGGCAGAGAGUGGAGAGUACAUGUACUGUCCUCCUCACAGGUGGCUCAACAACUUGCAUCAAGGAGCUACUGUUUUGCUCUACCACCCCUGUGCUCCUCUCCACGAGCGUCACUUUCUUUCAGUCCUGGCCAGCUCCUGUUUGUCAGAAUACAUCAUUACACCACAUCCACACCUCAAUCAACACAUGCCAAUUGCCUUGGUGUCCUGGGGUCGCACUUUGGAGCUGUCUACUGUGGCCUCUUCAGACGUCUGUGAUUGGCUGGAGACCCUGACAACCACAGGAAUUGAGUUGAGCCGUGUGAACCACAUCAGAAAGUACGACCUGCUGCUAGCCCGGCCGGCGAAGAAUCACCGGCUGCAACACACACAUCCAGAGGAACAUUCAACACGGAUGAAGGACUCUGUGAGGCAGUGCUGUGAGCAGACCAUCUCUUCUCUGCUAAAUGAAGCAGUGGAGGCAGAGCUUGAAUCCAACAGGAGGAACGACAGCUUGACAAAAAUGGAAAAGGAAGAGAAAGGCCGACAAAUAAGAGCUGUUAUGAGAAAAACACAGCCGGCCUAUGAGACAGGGGACAUCCAGAACAACAACACCACACUAGGACCAUCUGAGGAAUCUCCAGGGAACAGAACUCUUGCAGAUCCUCCUGGUCCAAGCGAAGCUCCUCCUCAAUCCAACAUCCAGAAUCGGAAUCAGAGCCUCACAGCCGGGCAGAUUACUAUUUUGGGGUCAAAUAUGUCUGAGGUUAGUGAUUCUUUAGAAUUGAAGACUUCAGAUUCUCAGAAAAGCUUGAUAACGAUACAGAAAGUAACACUGCAGCUCACAUCUAAAGACUCUGAAGCCAGAAACACAAAACCCUCAGCUCAAACAGAGGUUCUCUCAGAUGUUGUGAACAGUGAAGACCAACUCUCUGCAAGGCCUGAGGCACUGGACAUCAGUCCCAAAGAUGAAGGUACAGACUCUGCUGAACACAGCAGGAGAGAGAAUGACUCUGAAGAGAAAAGUUAUAUCGCAGCAGAUGGAAAGUUGAAGAGCAAUGAAGUAGUAGAUGUAAAAGAAAGAGAGCUGGUACAUAAGCAAACACACAGCCAGCCACACUCUCACCUCAAACAAAACAACGGCGUUGAUUUCGUUUCCAAAUCCGAGCCGGUGUCUCCACCCCUGCAGGACAGCACCAAGGCCUCAGCAGCUGACGUCCAACCCACCAUCAGGAGCAAUGGGUUGCUGAGGACCCCCAGGACGGACGACGCUGUGUGGGCGGCAGCAGCACUGGGCUUCCUAUUGGUUCUCCUGACGCUGUCCGUGCUUCACACUCGCCUGUACCGCCACUGGAGGACCACACCUAGUCUGUACUGGCGUGAUCCCCGGCAGGACUACGACAGUGUGGCGGAUAUCAUCCGCAGGAGGUUGAGGAAUGCUAAGCGGAGGCGGAAAAGGAGCAGAAGAAAGGAGUGCGUUCUCCUGCCGAGCUCCUCCAGCUCCGAUGAAGUUGCGUAGAAAAUUGAAGGAAACGUCAACAAGAGCAUUGAGAGUGAGACCCAAUUCUUAUGUGAUGUAGAGAAGGACAGAAGAGGGAGGUGUUGAGUUUAUCAGACCUGUCUUGUGUCUGCGGACCUGUCCUCUUGCUACAGGGCUGGGCUGCAGGUUUUGCUGGUUAACUUCACAGCCGAAGCUGAAAUACUGCACCGGCUAAAGGGCAGAUCCUGUGUGCAGAGGACUCGUCUCAUUCGUUGCAUGUUGAUGCAUUUAGAUUGGUACUGUAAAUAUUUAUCUUUCUCCUUGUGAAUGGAACCAUGAGGAGUAAUAAAAUCAGUAUUUGACUUUGUGAGCUCUCACCAAAUUCUGCACACAAAGACUCAGAUUUAACUGCAGUAUUCCUGAACUACAGCUCCUCAAUAAAUACAAUUUUAGAAGACAUAAAAACAUCAGAUCAUCAAAUUUGUAUUCGGUGUACUGCACUUUUCAUGGAAUACUUGUACAUUUUUGUGAUCAUAUUCUCUCAGACAGUGCUCAGUGUAUAGGGACUCACUUUUCACACUCCAUUACUCUCCAGGUCUGAACUUUAUUCUUUUUUUCUACCCAAUGAAGGUUUUUUAUUGAGUCACGUCUUUUCUGUGAGUAGUGUUGUAAUAUUAUGUUUUUAAUUGUUCAGGUUUAGUUUGUGAAAGGGUAAGUUGCUGUUCUAAGCAACAUGUGUAUCGCUGUAUUUGAAAGAUGGUUUACAGAAAGAUUCACACAGACAAUAAAUCAUUGACACAAGAA